CUUUCCUUCUCACUCUCAUCUACACUCAACGGCCCAUGGCAUAUAAUCGCGAAUGGGACAGAGGCAAGGACACUUGGGCAGAUGGUGCUCAGUGGCCUGGAGCAAAUGUGCGCCCAAGAGAAGACGACCAUUAUGGCGACGGCAAGCGACGAAAAUUUAACAGCGGGGGAUAUCAAGGUUACGAUGCCUACUCGAACUAUGAGGAGGCUGCCUAUGACAGCACUGCUGCUCCACGCCCAUCCGCCCAAGAUUUUGGACAGCCACGCAACACCGCUGGAGGAUUUCCCAAGAAACGCCUGCAGCCCUCGGAUCCCAGCCCUCAUGUCAUCUUUCUUGGCCUUGAUACGGACUUCACAGAAGCUGAUCUUCAGGCGUAUCUUUCCUCCAACGGAUGUAGUGUCGAGACUGUCACCAUCAUCCGAGAUAGAUCAACAGGUACCUCAAAAGGAUUCGGUUUCGCCCAGUUCUCUUCAACAGACCACGCACGGCUGUUUGUGGAUCCUCUAUUUCCUUACAUCCAAGUGCCACCACCUGCAUCUCAUGGUGCGACGGCAGCCGCAGCGUUCUACAAGGCGUUAGAGACGGGCGCCCCGCAUAGCGGACGAAGAGUUAAAAUCGACUAUUCUCAAAGCGCUACACCUCAUGAGAAAGGUCGCUUCAAUCGUGGAAACGUCAACGACGGCACUCGUGACAUUGGAAACUCCCAAGCGGCCGUUUUGUUGUUCCGUGGUCUUGAUCCUCUCUCUGGGCCGCAGGCCAUUCAUCAAGCCAUGAGGUCGUCUUCUGGGCCUGGUAAGGAGGGUGCUAAGGGCAUGAGACGAAUUAUCUUGAUCAAGGAUCGAGUUACCAUGGCCAGUUUUGGUUUUGCCUUCGUGGAAUUCACUGAUGUACAGUCUGCGUCGGUAGUUCUUGCCGCGACCAUGUCACCUCAGAUUCAUCCAUCCGGUUUUCGCAUUUCGGAUCGACCUGUGGCUGCUUCUUUUGCUCAUCCUGACUCAUUCCAACCUAUUGAUAAUGUGAUGUUACGCGAUGAUGCCUGCAUUCCAUCUUCUCUCGUUCUAGGAGGUGUUGAAGGCACUUGGGUAAGGUACUGGGAUGAUAGUUCUACCUUGGCUAUGCUCGAGUUUCAGGUUGCCCAGCCUGCGCCGGCAGCCCAGACUGUCAAGGAAAAGAAAGAAAAGAAGAAGGCCAAAGACACAACGAUUCAACGUCUAUCUGUUCAACCCGCUCCUUCAGCGUUACCUGUUUCCGACAAACCUGUCACUUUGAGUUUCAGCAAAGGUCCAGCUAAAGCUGCAGCAUCUACCGUCAAGAAAUCUGUGGCCUCAGCUUUUGCAUCUGAUGAUGCAGACGACGAUCAGCAGGACGAAGCUGAGGACCUGCUGAACGCUAGUCGGAAAGCCGGAACGUCUAAGCCGCCCACGCUGAUCGUAAGCAAGAAGAUUGCCAGCAAUAUCAACAAAUGGAAUCAAGUUCAGGAAGAACUUUCUCAAGAUCCCUUUGGAAUUCCACGGUUCUUACAUUCUGGAUACUAUACAUGCAGGCCACGACAUCUACGACUGAUGCUAACGGGUCCACUGCGCAAGCAUCGAGUGCACCCCCCCAAGACAAUACGACAACGACAACGACACCGACACCGACACCGACCGAGUUCGAGUUCUCGGAUGUCAGCGCUCAUGAGCUGUCUUCUCUGCGCUCGACAGUUCAAAUCUGUGGAUCAGUUGAAACGCCACAACAAGGAAUCAGAUUUGCAUAAGAAAAAUCUCAAGGAUUCGAAUUUGCAAGAAGUUGCCCGCCAGAAGGUCAAGGCUCGACAAGCGAGCGCAGUCCCGAAAUAUCGUGAUCGCGCUUCUGAACGGCGAAUACUUUUCAACCAGCCUGAAACUCCCAUGCCGGAAAAAGACAGUGGAUGGACAGCACCCAGACGACAAGUUGAAGGUCCACCAGUAGCGUCGCCACUGCCACUGCCACCCCCGCCACCGACCAACCCGGGUGAGGAUAGCAAUAAUGUCGGCAAUAAAAUGCUCAAGAUGAUGGGUUGGACGGAGGGAACCGGCCUAGGAACAAGUGGCGAAGGCCGAAUCGACCCUAUAAAAACUGCCAUCUACGUGGAAGGUGCCGGUCUAGGCGCCAGCAAAGGCAAAGACAUCGGCAAACUCACGGAAGGCUAUUCAGGCUACGUCUCGAUGGCUCAGGACUCUGCACGAGAGCGGUAUGGGAGCUAACCAGAUAUCUAAGUCUCUAUGCUCUACACAUUUUUGAAUCAGAGAAUGAUACUAGUUUUGUGUAAUUAU